GCGUGCGCGCGUCCAGGCGCUCCCGUCAGGCACUGCGAGGCGCGCGGGGCUCGGAGGGCGGUGGCGGCGAGCGCUCCGGAGCAGCCCGCGGAGCUUCCUGAGGAUUUUGUGAAAAUGGAAAAUUAUGAGGCAUUGGUAGGCUUUGAUCUCUCUCAGACACCGCUCUCCAGUGUUGCUCAGAAGAUUAUGUCUGCUAUGCAUUCAGGUGAUUUAGUGGAUUCUAAGACUUGGGGAAAGAGUACAGAGACUAUGGAAGUGAUAAACAAGUCCAGUGUUAAGUAUUCAGUACAACUUCAAGAUGGGAAGAAUCAAUCAGAAAAAAAGAAUCUUAAAUCUUUAGCAAGUCAGACAUCAAGAGGUUCCACCGAGCUCUCUCCUCAGGCCUUCAGUGUCAGCCUCACAGAUCAGCUGUCGAUCGACCAAAAACAGAAGAGCAUCAGCUCAUUGACUCUUUCCAGUUGUUUAAUUCCACAGUAUAAUCAAGAGGAUUCAGUUGUACAGAAAAAGGAACAUAAAAUAAUGUAUUUUCUAACAGAGAAUAUAAAUAAUGAAAAUAAAGGAAGCAUUACUUUUAAAAGAAAACAUAUUACAUCUAAUAAUUCAGAGCAAAUAAGUAAACAAAUGGCAUUGGAAGAAGAUACUGAUGAGGCUGAAGCCUACCUGAAUUCUGGGAACUCAGGAGCAUUAAAAAAACAUUUUUGUGAUAUUAGGUAUUUGGAUGACUGGGCAAAAAGCCAGCUGAUGGAAAUGCUCAGACAGGCAGCAGCCCUGGUGGUGACUCUAAUGUAUACUGACGGUUCCACCCAGUUAAGAGCCGACCAGACUCCCAUUUCCUCUGUUAGAGGAAUUGUGGUGUUACUAAAAAGCCCAGCAGAGGGUGGCCGUGGUUGUCCAGACGCCCUGACCUGUGGCCCUGUUCUGGAGGGCUUUGUGUCGGGUGAUCCGUGUAUCUACAUUCAAAUAGGGCGCUCUGCUCUCUGGGACCAAAAGCAGGAGGCACAUCGUCAGUUUGCCCGGAAUGUGCUAUUUCAAACUCUGAAAUGUAAAUGUCCUGUUAUUUGUUUUAAUGCUAAGGAUUUUGUGAGAAUAGUGCUGGAGUUUUUUGGUAAUGAUGGCAGUUGGAAACAUGUUGCUGAUUUUGUAGGGCUAGAUCCCAGAAUUGCUGCAUGGCUUAUAGAUCCUAGUGAUGCCGCACCCUCUUUUGAAGAUUUAGUGGAAAAAUACUGUGACAAAUCCAUUACGGUUAAAGUGAGCAGCACAUAUGGAAAUUCCUCAAGAAACAUUGUGAAUCAGAACAUACGUGAGAACCUGAAGAUACUCUACAGACUUACGAUGGACCUUUGUGCUAAACUGAAGGAUUAUGGUUUAUGGCAACUGUUUUGUACUUUGGAGCUUCCUCUGAUACCAAUUUUGGCAGUGAUGGAAAGCCACCCCAUUCAGGUGAACAAAGAAGAGAUGGAGAAGACAUCCUCACUUCUUGGGGCUCGUCUCAAGGAAUUGGAACAAGAAGCUCAUUUUGUUGCAGGAGAACAGUUUCUUAUAAUGAGCAAUAAUCAGCUUCGAGAGAUCCUCUUUGGCAAGUUAAAGCUGCACCUGCUGAGUCCAAGGAACAGUUUCCCCGGAACGGGGCUGCAGAAAUACCCGUCCACAUCAGAAGCAGUGUUAAAUGCUCUGCGAGACCUUCAUCCAUUACCCAAGAUAAUUUUGGAAUACAGGCAGGUUCACAAGAUCAAGUCAACCUUUGUAGACGGAUUACUAGCUUGCAUGAAAAAGGGCUCCAUUUCCUCUACAUGGAAUCAGACUGGAACUGUGACUGGAAGACUUUCAGCCAAGCAUCCUAAUAUCCAAGGUAUCUCCAAGCACCCAAUUCAGAUUACUAAACCUAAGAAUUUUAAAGGUAAAGAAGAUGAGAUUCUCACCAUCUCCCCAAGGGCCAUGUUUGUUUCAUCCAGAGGCCACACCUUUCUAGCAGCAGACUUUUCACAGAUUGAAUUGCGCAUUCUUGCACAUUUAUCUGGGGAUCCAGAACUUCUGAAGUUAUUCCAGGAAUCUGAAAGAGAUGAUGUAUUUUCUACUCUGACUUCACAGUGGAAGGACGUGCCUGUGGAACACGUGACACAUGCAGACAGAGAGCAAACCAAGAAGGUGGUGUACUCGGUGGUCUAUGGAGCAGGGAAGGAGCGGCUUGCUGCUUGCCUUGGAGUUCCUGUUCAAGAAGCUGCCCAGUUUUUGGAGAGUUUUUUGCAGAAGUACAAGAAAAUCAAGGACUUUGCCCAAGCAGCUAUUGCCCAGUGCCACCAGACAGGCUGUAUGGUGUCCAUCAUGGGCAGAAGGAGACCCCUGCCGAGGAUUCAUGCUCGUGACCAGCAGCUCCGGGCACAAGCAGAGCGACAGGCAGUGAACUUCGUGGUGCAAGGCUCCGCCGCUGACCUCUGCAAGCUGGCCAUGAUCCGUGUCUUUGCUGCAGUGGCCGCUUCCCGCACCUUGACGGCCAGGCUGGUGGCCCAGAUCCAUGACGAGCUGCUGUUUGAAGUGGAAGACUCGCAGAUCCCGGAGUGUGCAGCUCUCCUCAGGAGGACCAUGGAGUCCUUGGAGCAGGUGCAGGUGUUGGAGCUGCAGCUGCAGGUACCCCUCAAGGUGAGCCUGAGCGCCGGCCAUUCGUGGGGACACCUGGUACCACUGCAGGUAGGGCCGUCACUAGGACCAAGUCGCACUGAGUCUCCCAGCAACAGACUGGCUACCUCCGGGUCCCCCCUCACCCCCCCAACAACACCCGCCCCGCCCCCGCAUUUUUCGCCUUCAUUUUGUCUGUAGCCCCAGGCAACAGGGGGAGGAAAGAACUGGUUUCCAGCAGCCCAUUGUGUGGCCUCCCCCAAGGUCACCAGCUCUGCAUGCCAGGACGCUCCAGGAUGCAUUAACCCUUUGGGGCUGGGGUGGCCUGUUCUCCCCUGGAGUAAACGCCUGUGC